ACGGCUUUUAAAGCUUUUUUCUUUUCCUUUUCACAACUCCAGAAACCGUUUUUUCCCAUUAGGGUCAUAGAAAUGGAGCAGUUAUGGAGUAUUGCAAUCGUCUUCUCCUUGGGCACACUUACCGCUACAGCAUCGAGCGCAGCGACCAUCUCUUGUUACCAUUGUGACAAUCAUGCCGGCAUGGCAUGUGGAUUGGGUGCUGGUUGGAAUGUGUCCGAUCUGGAAAGCACUGCGAAGCCCUGUCCGGAUGGAUUCUGCUAUACAAACGAAUAUAGCCAAAUAUUUGUGCGCAAAGAACUUAGAGUGAAACGGGGUUGUGGUCGAAAACCUUGCUCCUUGCUGACAUAUAGAGGCAAUGUUUCAGUGCUAUGUGACGCGGACGACCGCUGGGAAGGGUUCUGGAAUGACAAAAGCGUGCCAGUCCCCUCUGGGCCGCCGUUUAAUCAGCUGUAUACCUUGGUCAGUCAGGUUCUGAAUGGGACUGGCCGCCUGCAGUACUGCGACACCGACCGCUGCAACAGAGCCGCCACACAUUUCGCGGUGAAUGCCGAGCUAGCCACUGAGGAAUAUACGCCCCACUUCUGCGUCAAUUGCUGAGGUGCUGUUAAUGGUUCAUGCGGCAUUCUGGUACCCACUGACGACAGGGCCCGAUCCGAUGACAAUGCGUGCGCAUCGAAAUAUUGUCACACCUAUGUUUUUACGGAAAACGAUAGAAGCGUUCCAAAAGUAUGGCGUGGUUGUGGACCAGUGUCCUGCAAAAAUAUUCCCGGCGCAGCGGACUCAAUCGGCGUCUGUGAUGAUAGUGACAAACUUGCGCCACUUGAUCCCGACCAGGGAGACCCCUUUGACCACAUUCGGUCUUUCUCGUCUCGGCAUCGAUCCACUGGACAUAUGCAGGCCGGGACCGUGCAGUACUGCAAAACCGGAAAUGAAUGCAAUUAUCAGUCGGUUCGCAAUUUUCCCUUAGCGAAGCGGCAUCCGGAUCGUUCACCAACGGUGCAAGAAGUCAUGGACCAGCUGCAGUCACCAAAAGUGGCAACGGCACAAAAUCCUGCAGCGGCAGGAAGUCGAGUUAAGCAGCUGUUCCGCAUGAUGGAUACAAAUGGCGAUGGUGUGCUGGGUGAAGCGGAAUUUGUCAAGAGUCGCGUCGGCUGUCCUGAUAGCUAAGCCGGAGACCCUAUGUCAAUAAGUGGAUGCAAGCGUGACCUUUCGUAAAUAAACCUCGGAAACAUUACAAACUAUUUUAUGUUUUGCGCAAGCAUUGUUGUGCAAGAGCGUCAAGUUGGUAACAUUUGAAACAAAAC